CGCGCCCUUGUCCUGUACCCACACGGCUCACCAGCCAGCCUGCCCUUGCGCCGCUGCUGGUGCCCUUCCCCUUCCCCCAGUCUAUAACUAAAACUAGGCGGCGCAUGUACAGGCUACAGAGCUGCACGGGCACCCCUCCCCUCGUGAUUGAACUCGCUGGCUCGCAAGGAACGCUCCAGCUUCCAUCUAGGAUCCGAAAGGAACUGGCCACCAGCUCGUCCUUCGCUCCUCUUCUUCCCCCAGUGAGGAGCAAGCUUGCGACAUCUGAGCUCGUUUCUUUCUUGCUCUGUUCUUCUUCUUCAUCUCCGGUGGGCUGCGCGAUGGCGACGGCGUUGGCGCUGGCGGCCGCCGUGCUCCUCUUGUCCUCCACGCUCGCUGCUUCAGAGUUCUGCGUGUGCCGGCCGGACCAGCCGACGACGGCGCAGCAGAAGGUGAUCGACUUCUCGUGCGGGGACGGCGCGGACUGCUCGUCGAUCCUACAGGGCGGCGGCUGCUACAACCCCAACACCGUCGCCGCGCACUGCUCCUGGGCCGCCAACAGCUACUACCAGAACAACAAGGCCAAGGGCGCCACCUGCGACUUCGGCGGCGCCGCCGCCAUCUCCACCACCGACCCCAGUUUCUCCGGGUGCACUUUCCCUUCGACUGCCAGUGCUUCCGGGACGACGGGCACCACGACCGUUGGCGGCGCGACGUCGACGGGCACCCUGAGCCCCGGCGUGGGCACCGGGUUCAACGGCACGGCGGUGGGCAGCGGCGGCCUGGGGCCGGCGGGCACCAUGGACAGCGCCGCGGCCGGCCUGCUCCCCGGCACCUUCCUCGCCGCUGCCAUCCUCUCGCUCCUAGCCCUGCACUAGCUCCCCCCUCCUCCGUUCUCAGUAGUUCCGUCCUUUGGUGUCCAGUAGUUCCUUCUCUGAACGACAUCAAGAAAGGAAGAAUGGGAUGGGAAUUGGUUGUUGGAGGGUUACAGUUUCAGCACUAACCCACUACCCCGUGUGGCUGCUUCUUCUUGUAGCUGCCUUGAGCCUUCCUAGUGGCAUCGGUGGUUGGGUUGGGGUGUAUUUUUGGCGCCUUUUCAGCAUGAUGGUGUAUGAUUUGAUUUUAUGCGGUGGUGGGAUGGCUGGCUCUGCUGUCCUGCAAGGACCAUUGUCUUUUUUGUUCCUUUCCUUUGGUCACAUACAUCAAGAGUUUUGUACUCUCCUUGUUUAUGUGAUUUGCUUGUAUAUAAGGCCUCGUUAGUUGCA